AUGGUUGCCGCAAAGAAGCACGUCCCGAUCGUCAAGAAGCGAACCAAGACGUUCAACCGCCACCAGGCCGAUCGGUUCAAAUGCCUUUCCCGCAGCUGGAGAAAGCCCAAGGGUAUCGACAACCGAGUCCGAAGACGAUUCAGAGGCAGCACUGCCAUGCCCUCGAUCGGAUUUGGUUCCAACAAGAAGACCCGACACAUGAUGCCUUCCGGCCACAAGGCCUUCCUCGUCAACAACGCCAACGACGUUGAGCUGUUGAUGAUGCACAACAAGACUUACGCCGCAGAGAUCGCCCACAACGUCUCAUCGAGAAAGAGAAUCGACAUCAUUGCCCGCGCGAAGCAACUGGGCGUCAAGGUCACGAACCCUAAGGCGAAGGUCACCACCGAAAUCUAA